GCCCUGCCCGGCCCUUGGGAGCCACCCGGAAGGCCGAGCCCGCCGGCCCCACCUGGAGAGGAGCUUAAAGGCCGGUCGGGCGGCCACAGCGCAGCCGGUUCCUGCACCAUGCCCGCGGCCCGCAGCGUCCUCAUCUUGGCGGGGCUCCUGGCUCUGUGGGCAGAGCUGCCGGCAGCAUCCGCCCAGAAUGACACCACCAAAGCCGGCGUGUGCCCCAGCCCGGCGACGGAUGCGGUGAACUGCACGGUGGGGUGCCAGUCCGAUGGCGACUGCGAGAGCACUCUCAAGUGCUGCCCGGCAGCCUGCGGCAAGGCCUGCCAGAAGCCUGACGAGAAGCCUGGCACCUGCCCACCCGUGAACCCGGGCAUCCCCAUGUUGGGCGUCUGCUCCAACCAGUGCAAGACCGAUGCCAACUGCGCUGGGAUCCAGAAGUGUUGCAGGAACGGUUGUGGCAAGGUCUCCUGUGUGACACCCAUCCAGUGAGGUGCAGCCACCUCCUGCCAGCCCAGCCACAGGGAAGCUGCUGCCUGAUGCCCAUCCCUCAUGCCCUGGC